GUGAAGAGUGAAGGCCCCAAACUGGUGCCCUUCUUUAAAGCCACUUGUGUCUAUUUUGUCCUCUGGCUGCCAACUUCCAGCCCCUCCUGGUUCAGUGCCCUCAUCAAAUGUCUGCCCAUCUUCUGCCUAUGGGUUUUCCUUCUGGCUCAUGGAAUUAACUUCUUAGUGUCACACCGGAGUGCCAGCCGCAUCCUAGCGGGACUCAUAUUCUCGGCAGUGGGAGAUGCCUUUCUCAUCUGGCAGGAGCAGGGCUACUUCAUUCAUGGUCUGCUGAUGUUUGCCAUCACACACAUCCUGUACUCUUCAGCCUUCGGCAUGAAGCCUUUGGACCUCAAAGCCGGCUUGUUGAUGGGCCUCGUUUCCAGUUCCUGUUAUGCCUUCCUGUACUCCUACCUCUCAGGCCCAUUCACCUACCUGGUAGCUGUCUACAUCGCCUUGAUUGGCUUCAUGGGCUGGCGAGCAGUUGCCGGUAUGCAGCUGUGCAACGACCUCUGGACAUGGACCAAGCUCUCGGCCUGCAUCGGCGCGAUGCUGUUCAUGGUGUCAGAUCUGACCAUUGCACUUAACAAGUUCUGCUUUCCUGUGCCCUACUCGCGCUUCAUCAUCAUGGCUACCUACUAUGCAGCCCAAAUGCUUAUUGCACUGUCAGCUGUAGAGACCAGAGAUGAAGAGGACUUCAGAAAGAGGAGCUAG